CGAAGGAAAUAAGGCCAUUCGCACAUGACACGUCGGCUUAGACGCUACCAUCGCCAGUUAUUUUGUGUACGCGAUUAAUUUAUUUUUAUUAGAAAAUUAAUUUAAGGAAAGAACAUGGAAAUUUGGUUUGUUUUUAUGUGCUUGUGUGCGUGCUUUCAGGGUUCAUUGCAGCUUGUCCCAUUGCCGGACUUUAUCCACCCCUGUGCGGAGCUUACAGACGAAUGUUUCACCAAAGCUACGUUAGAUGCCAUCCCCGGAGUAGUUAAAGGCAUCCCGGAAGCGGGUAUUCCAACCCUGGAUCCGCUAUACCUGGACAAAAACAUCACUAUGGACUUACCGGGGAACGUCAAAAUGACUUUCCAUAAUGGAAAACUCAUAGGUCUUAGCACGUGUAUCCCAGAUAAAGUGUCAUCCCGUCGCGAAAAGCGAACUUUCGUAUUUGACAUGCACUGCAAUUUCACAAUCCGGGGACAAUACAGUAUCAUUGGGAGAAUCUUGCUAUUCAACCUCAACACUGACGGGAACGCUAAAAUCAAAAUCUGGAACCAACGCAUACGUCUGGAAGUAUUCGAGAAGGUAGUGAAAGACGAUAAAGGAGAGGGUCAUUAUAAGAUAAACUCAUACAAGUACAAAGCCGACUAUGGAAGCGAUUUGAAAUUGAAUCUUACCAAUCUCUUUAGAGGCAGCCCUGAAAUCAGUGCCAACAUUCUCGAGGUUCUAAAUUCGAAUUCCCAACUAGUAGCCCAAGAGUUUGGCGGACCGAUUCUAGACUACGCCAUAGACUACGCCAUGAAUGUCACACAACGAUUCUUCAGCACAUACACAUACGACCAACUUACACAUGUCCCGCUCACAGAUGAAUUCUUCGAAAAAAGUUAAUUUUAAUUUAGAAUACGAUAGAUUUAAGAGCAUUAUCGUAGUAGCCAUGGAUAAGAGUAGGAUUUUUUGUUAUUCUUAAUUUAAAUUUAGGUGAAGCGUUUCCGUACUUUAUGGUGGAAUUUUAUAAUAUGUCAUACAGUUAUAACAUGCAUACUAUAUACUGUGACA